AUGACGGACCCUCCACCUCCAAAUCGAUCCCGCUCCAGCGUGGGGGAGAACCGUAGGGUGCUCCAUGCGGUGCGCUCCCUGUUAGAGGAGUUCAGGUCAGAGUUGAGGGAGGAGGAGAACAGGAGGUGCCAGCUGCAGCAGAACUAUGCCAAUGACAAGGCUUCAUGGGAGGUCAAAUGGGCAGAGAUGAAGUGUCACGUUGCUCAGCUGGAAGAGGAGAGACGAGAAGAGAAAGGAGAGGUGAGAGGAGAGGCCAGAGGGGAGACGCAGGGAGGAGGAGGAGGAGACCCAGACUGGGCCUUUAAACAGGAGCGAGAGGAGCACCGUUGCCUCCUGGCAGAGAGCCACAGCACCUCCCUGGACCUCCACUGGAAGCUGCAGCAUGGAGAGAAGAGGUGGGGGAGGGAGAGGAGAGGCCUACUGGAACGCUUCGACCAGGAGAGACAAGAGUGGGACAGCAACAUGAGAAACAUGCACCACGAGAUGGAGAGGCUACAGAGAGAGCUUAACGUACGGAGGGGCAGUGAGGGCUCACCAACCGACAUCAAAGAAGGGGAGAGAGCAGGGGGACACAGGGGUGUCUUUUCCCCCCAGGAGAGCCCAUGCAAGGCCCCUCGCUCCCCAAGGUCACCACGCUUUCCUCGCUCUGCCAUCCCAGGCCCUGUUUCCCUCCCCACCCGCUCCCACUCCGACUCGGAGGCCCAUGAAGAGCAGGGGGCUGUAGUGAGGUUCAGAGGCCCAACGGAGAACCUUUUCCUGGACGCUCUGACACUGGACCCCCUGGGUGGCCUGAAGGGCCCACCUCCCUGCAGACUGGACUCUGACAAGAGGUUCCCCUGUUUGAACCAGGCAUGA